AUGUCACAAUUACCAAUUAAAGUGUUAAAUAUAGGCGUGGAUGUUGAAGAACCACCAAUUGAAGUUGAAGAGACUCCUAAAGAAUUGCUUGAUUGUCCAGAUUUUAAAUUGGAGUUGCCCAGGCUAUCAAUUGUUGAAAUUGCUAUGGCUAAAAUUCAAGAAAUUUGUUUUUCACGGAAGAGAAGACUUUAUGAAAUUGGUAAUUCUGGAACAAUAUUUGCAAAAAUUACAAUGUUAAAAAAUACAUUUAAAUUGGGUGAUGAUGUAAUUGGAAGGUUAGAUUUUCCUCGUGAUGGGAUCAAUUGUCUUCAGGUUUUUUUUUAA